GCUCAUAUUCAGGGUGUCAAGAAAAUAGUUAAUUUAAUAAUCAUUAAAGCCUAUAGUCAUUUUCCAAAACCAUAUGAUAACAAAUGCAUUAAUGUACAUUUGAAACAUGUUUUAUUCAAGAUUUAUCAUUAUUUGUCAUUGACUCAACUGUUUGGGAAACGGAAAAUCAAAAAAUAAACUGUUAAGUUCCAAACAUAGAGAUGCUCAAGAAUUGAGCAACUGCAGUUGCCCAGCAACAAGCACGACUGGAGAAAAGGAAGGAAAUGAGAUCAUCUGAUUUCCUGCUAGACUUUAGACCUUGACACCUCAUUUCUUUACCCAUGUUUUAACUUGAAACAAAUGCAGUUAAUGUAGGAGCUUGUGAUAAAUGGCUUCAAAUUAAAGUGUGCUUGACUCACUAUACUUUGUUCUUGUUGUUUUACUCUAGACCAAGAAGUGAAUUAUUUUGAAAGUUAAAGCAUGGACUUCAGUAUCGCAUCAGUGAUCAUAAUUCUACACAUUUCAGGCUCUCUAACAUUGGACCGUCUCUCUGUGAGCUGUGAAAAUAUUUGUGCUCUGAGGGAAACCAAUGUGCAGUUGAAGUGCUCUUAUGACGACGCCAACAUCAAAACUGUGUUCUGGUUCAGCGAGAAACAAAGUACAAACUGGAGAAAAAACAAUGAACCUGAAGAUUCGACUUUAGACUCAGAUUACUCAGGACGGGUGAAAGAUCAGAUCUCAAGCAGCUAUUCAACGCUCACAAUAUCAGACGUGAGAGAGAGAGACUCUGGAGAAUAUCAGCUCAUGUUCAUCAUGAACGAUGGAGUUAAACAUCUCAGCUCAGCGGCCGUCAGUCUAACAGUCACAGACCUGCAGGUGAGGAUGAAUCCUGAAUCUACAGACCGGAGAGAUCAGAGAAUAGAACUGACCUGUGAGACUUCCUGUGAUUUGACGUCCAGACCUCAGAAGUACUACUGGAAAAAAAAUGGAAAAAAUGUAUUAGAUUAUUCCAGGAGAAUUGAAGUUUCACCCGAAGCUGGUGCCAGUUACUCAUGUUCUCUUUCUGCAGAUUUUAUCAUCUUCUCCUCUCCUGUGUGCAUUUCUAAGAGUGACUGCUGGGGUGUGACUUACUCCUCUAGAAGAGUCUGUGCUUUGGUCAGCUCAACAGUAGACAUUUCCAGCACAUACACACAUCCCUCUGGUCAUACUGUAAAUAAAACAUUCUGGCAUUACGUUCAGUCUGGUGAAUCAAAGGAUCUGCGUGAGGAGCAUCAGUUUGCUGGUCGUGUGGAGUAUGUGGAGAACAAACUGAGAAUCAAAGAGCUCAAGAUCAGUGACUCUGGAGAAUAUCAAUUCAGGUUCACCACUGACUCAGAAAAAUACUCUGGAUCCCCUGGAGUCAUUCUUACUGUGACAGAUACACAGGUGAAAAGCAGCCCAUCUGUUGUUUCGGAGGGACAGGAAGUGAUAUUAAUCUGUUCAACUAAAUGCACUCUGGAUGACAAACAUACUUACAUCUGGUACAAGAACGGACGACAGAUAACAGAUGGAUUCACUAAAGACAACAAGCUGUACCUGGACUCAGUCAGCGAUGAAGAGCUUCACCAGUAUUCCUGUGCUGUAGGAGAUCCAGUGGACAGCACAGCGUUCAGACAUUAUACAGUCAUUCUGCUGGUGUUUUCACCUCAGUUUCUCAUAAUAGCAGCUCUGUGGAUGUGGUUUUUCAUUAAAAUGUGUCUCAUUUCAAAACCAAACCAAAAACACAAGUGAAGAAUCUGAUGUUCCACAUCUGUACAUGUGCUGCCUGUCAAUCAGAGCCAGUGGAGUGAUGUCAUUGUGUUCUUCCAUUGUGACAUCAUCACCUAGCAACAGAGAGAACUGUCAGCAGCUACAUCAGUGAUACAGUGAUGUCAUAGACAGUGACAUUUAUUCAUAAUAUUAGCCUUUCUUCUGACUUCAAACUGUUUAUUAACAAAGCCCCCCUCCCCCCCAAGAAAAGGAUUGAAAAGUGAAGGAAUAGCUGUUCUGUUCUGUUUAUUUUGUAUCUUACUUCUUCUUUAUUCAGUAUGCGUGAACAAUUUCAUAUUUUAUGUGAUAGCAAUCCAUUUAAAUUUGAAUGUUUAUUGCUUCUUCUUCAUGUGUGAGCGUGAUUUGAUCUCAAAUAACAUUCAGUAGCCCAGAAACUUUCUUUAGGUAACAUUGAUCAACAAAAUUAGCUGGAAAAGUGUUACAUGGUCAAAAAACUGUUUCUCAAUACUGCAUCACAAAAAACUAACGGUCCUUUCUGGAAAUUACAUCAUUGUCAAUAAGAAAUAUAAUACACAUAUUAAAUUA